GGUUUCGAUUUUAUAUUUAGGUUUCGGCUUGAUUUUACUAGUUAUUUACCAUAGUAAUUUGGUUUCGGUUUUAUAUUUAGGUUUCGGUUUUAUAUUUAGGUUUCGGUUUUAUAUUUAGGUUUGGAAUUGAUCAAUUUAAUUGGAUUCUUAAAAUCCUGAUUUCGGGCCCUUUCAAUGAACUGCCUGGAUAAUAAUGGAAGACGUCGAAUCGUGCAUACAGGUUCGGUUUGAAUCGCGGCACCGCAAAAAUUGUCGAUUGGCGAUUGGGUUUGCAUGUGCACGACACCUGGCGUCAUUGGCACAUCAUCAGCACCACGAAUACAUACAUCACAAUAAUUUCUGCAUCUGGUAUGACAGGCACUACUUGCCAAAAAGACUGCUCAUAAAACAACCCAACCCAGCACAACACCCAAGAGCAGCGCUCACGUAACAAACAAACACUUCCACAAACAAGCACAGACAGAAGAGACUUUAGCAGAAGGAGCAGCUAUCAGUAUGAGUCCAGUAGGAAAUCAGAAGAAGAAUGGUGACAAUGACAACAACAACAAUACUAUUGGACCAGUGGUGAUUAUCGGCGCCGGCUGGGCGGGAUUGAGCGCCGCCAAGGACUUACUUGUUAACCAAGGCAUCCAAGCCAAAAUUCUGGAAGGUCGUCCGGUCAUGGGAGGUCGUUGUCGUACGGGUGUUGCGGAGGAUGGAGUGACGGCCAUUGAAUAUGGUCCGCAAUGGGUUCACGGCGUCCAGGCCAAGAAUCCCAUUUACCAGGCGGCACUGGAUGCCGGUGUCGAAAUGGCCCGUUCGGAUUACAACAGUCAAAUCAUUCUACAAGAUCAUGUCGACAAACCAACCACGGAAGCGUCGGAAGAACGCAUGAAAUGGAUGGAAGACUAUUUGAUGGAAGGCAAGGGAGGCUUUUGGGCCUAUCAAGAACGACGACAGGAUAAAGACAAUAAGGAUUGUUCCUUGCGACAAGCCGCUGAAGACUUUUUGGACAAGAUUGAUGCUACCGACGAACAGCGGCUCUGGAUGUGGUACUUGUUGGACUGCAACACGGCGCAAGAAUAUGCUGCGUCGCUGGAAGACUUGUCCAUGUUCUGGUGGGAUUCCGAUGAAGAAAUGAAAGGAGGAGAUGUCUACCUCACACAAGACAUUCAUGGCGGAUACAAGGCGGUCCUGGAACAUUUCACCAAAGACUUUUCCCAAAAUAUUCAAUACAACAGCAAAGUCACCGCCAUUGACUACAGUCACCAGGACCGGGUCGUCGUCACAUACACACAGGACGAUGGCGCUGUCCAAACCAUCACUGCUAAAAAAGUCAUUGUCACGGUCCCACUGGGCGUCCUUCAAAAGAAUAUCAUUCAAUUCACACCCGAUUUGCCACACGACAAACAACGCGCCAUUACGCGAAUGGGAAAUGGAGUCCUCAACAAGUGCAUCUUUAUUUGGGAGGAUUCCGAUGCCGACAACUUGCCAUGGCCGGCCGAUAAGGAAUGGAUCGAACGCAUGGUUACCGGCAAGGAUCCCAAACAACCACAAGGAUUGUGGACGGAAUUUGUCAAUUAUCAACCCAUCAAUGGACGACCCGUGUUGUGUGGAUUCACCGUAGGACGGAUUGCCGAACAAGUGGAGGAAUUGUCAGAUCAGGAAAUUCGAGAUUCUGCGUUUGACGCAUUGAAAAAGAUGUUUUGCGACACGGAAAUUCCGGAACCCAAACAAGUCAUUAUCACUCGAUGGGGUGACGAUGAAUUCACGUAUGGAUCCUAUUCCUUCAAUGCCGUGGGUGGAAAUCAGUCCGAUCACUCUCGCAUUGCCGAGGGAGUCAACAAAAAGCUCUACUUUGCCGGGGAACAUUGUCAUUUACAGUAUUUUGGAACCUGCCAAGGAGCCUACAUGUCGGGAACCAAUGCCGUCAAGCAACUCGUCCGAGAUGCCAACAAGGGAGGAGCGAAGAAGGGCAAGAAAAAGAACAACAACAAGAACAAAAAGGGGUUGCUCCAAGAACGGCUUGGUGGUUGUUGCCAAGGACUCGUGACCUACCUGCGUGGCGCUUGGCGUGGUUGUAAAUGAACU